ACGAAGGCAAUCAUAGCAACCAGCAUGGCGACGGGGAAGCUUUGCUUCGCCGGUCAUCUGCUUAUAAGCUCAUAUUAGGCUGCUACCUCUAGCUACGUUAGUUGAUUAUCUUUCAGCGGUAAAAUGUUUACAGUUAAGUACCUUGUAGUUGUUGUUGGAUGUAUCCAACCUCUGCCGUCGCUACCCCAGAAUAUUUUUUGAGGAAAAUGGGAUACGCUAAGUAUUACAUUACCAUGGACUCGAGAAUAGGGAGUUCUUCAUCUGGAGUGGGGUGCAGCAGCCCUGGUGUGAGAGGACAGACUUUAAAAAGUAGCCCUUUCUGCCCUCGCUCCUCCAGCAAGUUAACACAGUCCAUUGUUAAAGACCACAUGGUGUCUCAUUACAAAAAGGUUUACUCAGCUAAAGCUGCCAUUGAUGCAUCAGUACCAAAAAGCUUGAUACACAGUGUAAAAUACAAUGACCAGAUCAGACAGGAGCGGUUGAGGAAAGGGGCUCGUCCUCAGUCAGCCCACUCUCUUAGCAGAGCCUCCUGCUCCUCGGCCCAGAGUAGAUUAUCUGUGCAGUAUGAUGACAGCACCUACCUCUGCUCAAGGAGUUCCACAGUAUCCAGCCCAAGGUUCAGCUCCUCCUUCCAUGCCAAGGAGAUAGUUUAUCCAUCGUAUAAAGUCGGUUCUCAGAACCAUUCUCAUCACAUUCGCCCAGCAUCAGAAAUAAAAUACCGUAGCCCGGAGGCAACUUCACACAGAAAACAGUCAGCGUGUUCACUGGGAGCUUCAGGAGAUCAAAGUUGCUACAAGACUUUCCAGGACCCUGUUCAGAAGACGUACAGCGGAGACUUGCUCCAGAAACAUUCACAGCACUUUACACAAGAUAAACCUUUCACACCUAAGACCCUGAAAUCAGAAAAGAGUUCAUACCUGUCACAGUAUCGCUACUACAGAGCACCAUGGAGGAAACCUACUCAAGAUUGCACCGACUCAAGAUUGAUGCGACAGGAGACAUAUCAUGGAAGCACAAAAACCAAGGAAUGCACACAGGAAUUUAAUGAGCCAUCUCAGGGAUUUAAUACAGAGCAUGAUUGGUCAGAAGAUGAGUUCAAUGGCACAUAUUUCUCAGCAUCUAGACAACAGAGUCGAGCAAACAAGAGCAGAGACCAUGAGUUCUUUGACUCCUCAUCCAGGGUCUCAUCAGAAGGUGGGACAUCUCCCAUUAUGAAGAGUGUAUCUGCAGAGGAAGAAGAAUUAAUGUACCUUGAAUUCAUUUCUGCUGUAACAGAGGAUAUAUUGUCCAGGGGGCACAUCUCUGACAGGUUCCUAGACCGGGUGAUAAAGCGCCAUAUUGACAUGAAUCGGCAUCAGCUUGAUGUGGGUAAAAUGCACCACCUUCUGGAAGUGCUGCGUAAAGAUUUUGAAGAGCCAAUCAUUACAUCUACCUCCAGUACAAAGCUUGAAAAAAAUGAGAAUGCUCUGCUUGAUUCAUUCCUACCACAACUGGAAUCAGGGGGGAAACAAGUGAAGACCAAAAAGGACAAUAACCUGUUCUCUUAUGCGUCACUAAUUAAAUACUGUGAUACGCCAGAUUAUUUUGAUCCCCUAUUGGGGUCUACACCCUUAUGCUCUCCUGAAACGACUGCUGCCUCACAAACCAAAACAAAUGAAAAGAACGGAGAAGAUGACAAUGAGGAAACGGCCAUUAGCUCUCCUUGGCACAGUGAGCAUGUUUUUGAUAAUACAGGAAUCACUGAAGAGGACCAAAUAAGCACAACUGAGAUAAACAAAGAAGUCAGCCAUGAAACCCAUGAAUGCACCACUAUAACCAGUGAAGAAGGAUUUCAUCAAGACCAAGCUGCAGUCAGUUAUGAUGGACAAUCUAAAGAGGUUGAGGAUCUGGGGAGAAGAUUGUCAGAGUCGCUUCAUGUAUCCAGCAAUGUGGAGACUGCCACUGAGCAACAUACAAAUAUCAUCGCCUCUGUCAGUGAUGAUGAGUUCUGAGUUUUUCUUGUAUUCAGGGAUUGAAUGUCCUUUUGUUACCAAGUGAGUGUUUUUCCAGAGAGAAACAGAACAUUUAAAAUUUCUGAAAGUAUAGUUUUGUAAAUGUGAUUUUACACUGGUUGUGUUUUCCAUGUUUUUAACAGCCCCACCAAUAUGCUGUUGUAGUUCUAUCCAAUUUAUUUUUUUACAAAAGCACAAUGACAUUUUCACACAAGCAAACAGGGUUUUGCGAUGUCUCAUUUAGGAUAUUGUAAAGUGGGAACACACAGCUCCAGAAUAAUGCUCUAAAUUGUUUCUAAAUUAUUGCCCAUGGUAACUAGUAUGAUUAGCAAAUUUUUAUAGGAUAGUCCAUAGCACUACACCGAUGUCAGAUGUGUGGAAUAAGUGGUAUCCUUUUAGUUUGAGCGGAUUGCAGUGUGCCCAGUCAGUCUUAACUAUGGUGAAACUAUAGUUUACAUACUUUUGUUGUAAAGAAACUUGUACAUUUUCCAGUGUGUUUGACUUGACAUAUGCCUCUGAGAUGUAGCUACUAGGAGUUGACUGUCACCAGAAAGUGUCUUUACAAUUGCAAUACAUUUUCUAUUCUUCUGA